AUGGAUAUAGAAGAUAAAGUGGCUAACAUAUCGCUUCACGAUGAACACAGAAAUAGUAGUUCCAAUAUGACUCGGAAUUCUUCAGCCGGUUCUGAAUCUGAUGUACAGAGUGAGUCUCGUGAAAAGUUUAUGCAACUGUUGACGAAAGCUCGGCAACUGACAGAAGAUGGCAACAUUGCAGGUGCCGUACGACUGAAUGAAGAAGCUUUGGCUAUACAUUUUAGCGACAAAUUGCAGAGAAGAAUUGCAAAGAUGAAGGCAUUUUUGGCAGACCAAGAGAAAGCUGAUGGAGAUGAGGAUGGCGAUCAUGAGAUGAAGUCUUUAGGCAAUGGGUUUCUGCUGCACACCAAACUUCAUGAGAAACUGUACAGGCAUCAGAAGGAAGGGGUGCUGUGGAUGUGGUCCUUAUUCCUGCUUGGAAAAGGAGGGAUUUUAGCAGACGACAUGGGGUUGGGUAAAACUAUUCAAAUUAUUGGAUUCCUGGCCGGCCUGUUUGACAUGAACAAGAUCAAAUCAGUCAUGAUCGUGGUUCCUCUAAGCGUGUUGCCAAAUUGGCUGAAUGAAUUCAACAAAUGGACACCUGGAAUCAAUGUCAUGCAGUUCCAUGGAAGCUCUAAAAAGGAGAAAGAAAGAGCCCUGGCGAGGGUUCGAACCCGAGGCGGCGUUCUGAUGACCACCUACGGCCUGGUGGUCACAACUAAGGAAACCUUCGCAUUUCAUCUUUGUUGUGUGUGGCAGGAAGUGACCAGUAGAUCUGGCUUGCAGCAGGAAGUGACCAGUAGAUCUGGCUUGCAGCAUGAAGUGACCAGUAGAUCUCGCUUGCAGCAUGAAGUGACCAGUAGAUCUGGCUUGCAGCAGGAAGAGUUGUGGUCCUUGUUUGACUAUGUACACCAGGGCUCUCUACUGGGCACAGUUAGAACAUUCAAGAUGGAGUUUGAGACACCAAUCAUUCGGGCUAGAGAAAGGGACGCCACUGCGGUGGAGAAGAAACUGGGACAGGAAAUGGCACAUACUUUGAAAUCAAUAAUUCAACCUUACUUUCUGCGUCGAACCAAAGCAGAAUUGCUGAUGACCAAGAAAUCUCCACUUGUGGCCUUGACGGUGUUGAAAAAGAUCUGCGAUCAUCCUCGACUGUUGAGCACCAGAGCCUGUCUGCAGCUGGGACUCGACGGAGACAACUUCAGUGAGGAAGACCUUGAGCAGCCAGAAGCUUAUGAAAGUGCAGCCACACAGAUAGACAAAAUCUCUGAUGAUGUGUUGAUGCAGGAGUCUGGCAAGCUACAGGUCCUGGUCAGUCUGGUCGACUCCUUCAAGAUGGGCGGUCACAGGACCCUGAUAUUCUCACAGUCCCGCAAACUUUUAGAUAUCAUACAGAAAGUGAUCACAAACAAGGGUCAUAAAACUGCUCGUCUUGAUGGCACAGUGACACACUUGGCAGAUCGGGAUAAAAUUGUGAAGAAAUUUCAAAGUGAUAGCUCUAUUUCUGUGUUCCUAUUGACUGUUCAGGUUGGAGGUGUGGGUCUGACCAUCACGUCUGCAGAUCGAGUCAUUAUCUAUGACCCCAGCUGGAACCCUGCCACCGAUGCUCAAGCCGUGGACAGAGUGUACAGGAUUGGCCAGGUAAAGAACGUCAUUGUCUACCGACUGAUUACCUGCGGCACAGUCGAGGAGAAGAUCUAUCGGCGGCAGGUGUUCAAGGACAGUAUUACUCGGCAGACUACAGGCAACAACAGCAACCCCUACAGAUAUUUUACUAAAAUGGACCUGAAAGAACUAUUUACCUUGGAUGACCCAAAGUUUUCCAAGACUCAGAAGCAGCUGGAAAAUCUACAUGGCAACCAGAGAGAGACUGAUGCAGAGCUGGAUGAGCACAUUGCAUUUCUACAUUCUAUGGACAUAUUUGGGAUCAGCGACCAUGACCUGAUGUUUAAGCAGAAGUGUGCCAGAGAUGACGAAGACGACGAUGUGGAAAUCAUUCAUGGAGAGGAAGAGGUGCAGAACAACGCUCGUUUCAUUGAGCAUCGGGUCACAAAGGCUCAAAUGCUGAUUGCAGAAGAGUCAUCUGGCCUCAUUCCCUACGAGGAGAGAAGCAAAGGGCGGAUGAAGUACCCACCUACAGCAAAACCAUCCACAGUUACAGGAGGGUUCAAACCCAAACCAAGUUCAUUAUUUACUCAAAUCAAGGACAAGAGCAGGCGAGCACUGCAAACUCUGUCCCCGGCCGAAGUAGAACAGCGCACAACACGCACUCCGGUCGCAAAUGCUAAAACUUUAGUGACAGAAGAACUGCUAAUAUCUCCGGACAUUCAUAGUCCAGUUGUGAGCCUGAAGAAAGUGCCUGGAAGAUCUGCUAAAGCUCACAGUUUCUCUCCCAGCCCUGUGAAGUCAGGUUUGAGUUUUCCAAAGUCAAGUAUCAUCUCAGGAGAUGUAACUCCAAGAGUCAAUGGAUCUCCACAAGGAGGUUCCAAGAAGUCUGGAGGAGCAUCCUGCAACACAGCUGACCUGUUGAAUGUAAGGAAGGCGUUUGCACUGAAAGCCACUUCAACCCCCCAGGAUUUUGACAAGGGUUCAGGCAUCUUUGUGGAGGAAACACCAGAUAGUGAUGUCAGAGCAUCACGUAACCGUAGUAACAGCAGCAGCAUCUCAUCCAGCUCCAGCCAGAACAGCAUGGACAUCACCCAUGCUUCUAGGAAACUGUCCUUUGUCGUGGCAGAUUCCGAUCAAAGUUUCAACAGUAGCAUUGGAAACUCAUCAUUUGCUGCAGGAGAACUGAAACCCAAGACCCACAAAGUAUCGGGUGUAGGCUCUGCCAUGGUAGGAUCACCCAUAAAUCCUGAUCAUCAGUCUUUCCCAGAGUCCGCAGAUUUCCACAGUGGUAAUGUUCGUAGGGACUUUGCAGCAGAAGGAGAUGGAGAGACCAACUCCGCUGAUAAACUCCUCAACAAUCCAGUGCUGGACACAGAACAUAAAAUGUCUACAAAUGAUAUUCUUUUGUCACCAAAGAACAGAUGUCAGAACUUAGAUUGUCACCAGGAGUCUAGAAAUGCUACAACAAAGAGAAGGAGUGUUUGCAUACAGAAGGCAGUUAUUGAUGAAAGUGAUGAUGAUGUUGAUGAUGAUGAUGAUGAUGAUAACAUUAAAGAUGUUUCACUUGCAAAUGAUGAGACUGAGUAUUCCAGUGACAUAGAAGUGAUGAAAGCUGAAAGCGAUGAGAAUGACAAGGAGAAUAUCCCGGUGCAUGUAAUAAAUGUAGGAGGUAGGCGGAGAAUUGUGUCUGACAGCGAGUCGGAGGAAACUUCUUUUGAAGUUGUGGAGAGUGAUGAGGAGGGAAAGCCGGAGCCGAGGUCACAAGGAAGAGAGGACAACAGUAUGGAAGAAGAGGAGGGGGAGGUUGAUGAGGAACAGAAUGAGAGAUUUCAAAACUUGAUCUCUGUGGCAAGAGCCAUGUACAAACAGAAAAACUACCCAGAAUCCCUGCUGUACGUGGAAGAGGCCCUGACAAUCUUCGUAGAGCCAGACUUGGAGCAGAUGGCGGCCAGGAUCAGGAUGAAAAUUCAAGAACAGCAGCAGUAG